CAGGCUCGCCAAGUCCAACUUGAGCUGUUCGAUCUUGUUGUCGCAUCGUCACUAGUCCAGCAGCUAUGGGGCCCCGGCACUUCCUACUACCAAUACAUAUCAUCCGUGAUCCGAUAUAUAGCUUGCAUCUUCGGCGAUCUGGCAGGGCGGGUGAACACGUAACGGUACCGUCGACGAAACAUGCCGCAUCAGUCACCAAAGCACCGCUCCGUCCUUACUACUGCAAACACGAAGUGACUGCGUGUCCGGGUCGAAGUGCCGUGGUUCAUUAGCAUGUACCUAUGCUCUCAUAAGUAAGCUAGGGUUGCUUCCUCCACCCCCUCAGUUUUUCUCCUCUGUACACCAGUAAGCACUAACGAUUCCCGUCAUGAUUUUCUUUACGAAGAAGCCUAAACCAUCUGCGCUUCCUCCCGGAUGGCCAUCACCAUUCCACAACAAGUGUAGCCAACGAGACUGCCACUACGCUAAUAACCCGCAAAGCGUCAAAGGUGUUUACCAAUGUCGCGGCGUCCCCGGAGGUUUCUACUGCGAGGGUACAUACAAGAUCGCAUCCACUCGAGCGCGUGAGACAGAGCACUAUCUGCAAGAAAUGGCCAUGGCUCGUAGGUCAGCUGAGGAGGAACAGAGAAAGCGCACGACAUCGGAGAUGAGGCGGCCUGAGAGGCUUCCUGAGCUCGGGACGCGACGGGGAGGGACGAACCUGUCUAACAGGAGAAUACCAGAUGAGCGGGACCUCCGACCCGGUUUUGGGCAAGCUCCUCGCAUUACGAGAGGUACGGAAAACAGGAGGCCGCAAGCGGGUGCACCAUAUUCAGGUCAUCGCCCGUCACAAUCCGAAAUAGAGUCGGAGUACAAGACUGACCAAAUUCUGAUGCAUCUCUAUCCCGAACGAGAGAUCCGACCAAGAUGGAUAUAAUGAACACACUGCACGAGCCUCGCAUCCUAUGUAUUUUUGGGCCUUCCAGAGCCAGAAUGAUGAUUAUAUGAUUCCUGACACGAUAUUACUUACAUACGUCCUAUCAGGACAACUACACGUAUUCUAUUUUACUAUUACUUCGUGUCACUUAUACUUCAUGGACCACAAGAGAAACUAAAUGACUAUUCGAUCAAGAUGCACUCUGGACCAGUGCUGCUACUGCCUUCUGCGACCUAGGUGCGAUCGAAACUGAGAAGAUUUUUGGAUGGCUACAAAGAGAC